AUGUCAUUUGUUGGAGGAGGAUCAGAAUGUGCUGUUAACAACAAUGUUGUUUCUCAGCUUAACAAACAUACUCAACAAGAUAGAUCUUUACAACAACAAGCUUCUCAACCAUCACUUGGUGGUGUAAUCCAAAAUCAGGGUUUCAAAAGAGAUAACUUGAUUAAUGCUAGAGAUAGACAAAAUUUAGACCAGUUUAUGAAUAAUAAUGCUGCUGGUCCUCAAGCUUCAUCAUUUCAAUUUCAACAAAUGAGACACGAGUUGAACACUAUGCAUCAACAUCCAAACAACUGGUCACAGGAUUUCAAACAACAAUCGCAUUCGCCUCCUGUGGCACAAGGUGCAUCAGCAGCAUCACCACCAAUGGCAAAACACGCUGGACCUGUGAAUGCACAAUGGGCUAAUGAAUUUCAAACUGCUCCCCAGCAACCACAAACACUUCAACAACACCAAAAUCAACAACAUCAUCAACAAUACAACCAGUCAUUUUCAAGGUAUGGUGGUGGUGCCCCAAUGAUGUCGUAUCGACCAAUGAUGGGUAGCACUAUGGGCAUGUCCUCCUAUCAACAACAGCAACCACAACAAAUGCAGAGGCAAAGCCAAGAACAGAAACAAGAUACCGAACAGCAGGUGGAUUGGGAUGAUCAAUUUAAGAAGAUUGAAGAACUCUCUGAUCAAGUGAAGGAUGAAGCAAAAGUAGCUGAUGAUAAAGAUGAUAUCGUAAUUGAUGACAAAUACCAAGCUACUUUCCAAGAAGUGUGGGAUAGUCUCAAUUCAGAAGCAUUUGAAAAUGAUUUCAUUGAACGACAAUAUGAAGAUUUCAAAAAUACUCAAGGAGAGACAUUCCCACCCGAUAUGAAUCUCUGGGAAAGAGAUUUUGCCAAAUACGCAUCAACGAGAGCUCAUUUUGGUGAUUAUAAAUUUGAACAUACUGAAAAUAACCAAUUUCUUGAUUUGCCUGCUGACCAAGAUCCCUAUCAAAUUGGUAUACAAUUGAUGGAAAAUGGGGCUAAAUUAUCAGAAGCUGCAUUGGCUUUUGAAGCUGCUAUUCAAAAGGAUCAAAAUCAUGUUGAUGCAUGGUUGAAAUUGGGAGAAGUUCAAACUCAAAACGAAAAGGAAAUUGCCGGUAUCACUGCUUUAGAAAAAUGCUUGGAAUUACAUCCAGAAAACUCGGAAGCAUUGAUGAAUUUAGCUAUAUCUUAUAUCAAUGAGGGCUAUGAUAAUGCUGCUUUUGCUACAUUGGAAAGGUGGAUUUCAACUAAAUAUCCGCAAAUUUCUGAGCAAGCAAGAAGAGAAAAUCCUGAAUUAACUGAUGAAGACCGGUUCUCAUUAAAUAAGCGAGUCACUGAUUUGUUCUUGAAAGCAGCUCAAUUGUCACCUGAUGGUGCCAGUAUCGAUGCCGAUGUACAAAUGGGAUUAGGAGUGUUGUUUUAUGCCAAUGAGGAUUUUGACAAGACAAUUGAUUGUUUCAAAGCUGCCCUCAACAUUAGACCCGAUGAUCCUAUUUUGUGGAAUAGAUUAGGGGCAUCAUUGGCAAACUCCAACCGUUCAGAAGAGGCAGUUGAAGCUUAUUUCAAGGCUUUGCAAAUACAACCAACAUUUGUACGAGCAAGAUACAAUUUGGGUGUUUCAUGUAUAAACAUUGGUUGCUACAAGGAAGCUGCUGAACAUCUUUUAUCGGGAUUAUCUAUGCAUCUAGUGGAAGGAGUUGAUUCUGGAUCUUCAUCAUUGAAUCAUAAUCAAUCUACUGCGUUGACCGAAACGUUGAAAAGAGCAUUCAUAUCAAUGGAAAGAAGAGAUUUGGUUGAAUUGGUUAAACCAAAUAUGGAUUUGAAUCAAUUUAGAGGGGAGUUCAACUUCUAA